UCGCUUUUUGUUCGCAGAAAUAGAGAGAGAGAGAGUUGCUUCUUUCGAGCUAAUUGGGAGGAGGAAACAAUACAAAGAAAGAGAGAGAGCUCUCAUCAACUCACUCAUUUCAUUCCAUCUUCCUGAUCUCGGCGUCACUGCCUUCUCCCUCUCUCUCUCUCUCUCUCUCUAUCACACUCGCAAACACAUUUCCAGUCUACUUUCUUCUGGGUAUGGUGAUAUCUUGAAAUCACCAAACAAGCCUCAAUCAUAUUCCAGUUUCUCUGAUUCCUCUCAUUGUUUGCCAGAUGGAGGACCUGGAGACUCAGAGAAAUGACCCAUUUUUAAAGGUAAGGACUGAGAAUUGAAUUCCAGCCUCCCAGGGGCGCUCUACUCUUGUUGAUCUUUCAUCGGGCGAGGUGGGUUUUAAGCUCUAUCUGGGUGCAAGAUGAUAGAUCAAUUCAUCAAUUUUGUCAUUCGGCCGCCCAGGGCGGAUUAUAAUCCAGAUCAGUAUUUAUGGGAAAAGGAUUUUACUCUCGCGGGCAGAAAAUACAAAAGACAGGACCUUGAGCUAAGGAAUCAAAGAGGCCACACCUUGCAGUGCAGUCAUUAUGUGCCUUCACCUUUCCCGGAGGACACUCCUCUACCUUGUGUUAUAUACUGCCAUGGAAACAGUGGAUGCAGGGCUGAUGCAAAUGAGGCUGCUGUAAUUCUUCUUCCAUCCAAUAUUACUGUAUUUACUCUUGAUUUUUCGGGUUCUGGCUUAUCUGAUGGUGAUUAUGUGAGCCUUGGUUGGCAUGAGAAAGAUGAUCUCAAGGUUGUGGUGUCUUAUUUGAGAAGCAAUGAACAAAUAUCGUGCAUCGGUCUUUGGGGACGUUCUAUGGGUGCAGUCACUAGUCUUCUUUAUGGAGCAGAAGACCCAUCUAUAGCUGGAAUGGUGUUGGACAGUGCCUUCUCAAACUUAUUUGAUCUCAUGAUGGAACUUGUGGAUGUGUACAAAAUCCGGCUUCCAAAAUUUACAGUUAAGGUUGCAGUACAGUACAUGCGGCGGGUAAUUCAAAAGAAGGCAAACUUUGAUAUUAUGGACCUUAAUUGUAUACAGGUUGCACCCAAAACAUUUAUUCCUGCUUUAUUUGGACAUGCUAAUGAUGACAAAUUUAUUCAACCUCACCACUCUGACCGCAUCUUUAAGUCAUAUGUGGGGGAUAAAAAUAUAAUAAAAUUUGAUGGUGAUCACAACUCUUCUCGACCACAGUUUUAUUAUGAUUCAGUAUCCAUUUUCUUCCAUAACAUCCUUCAUCCCCCUCGAGUUUCUUCUGUUCAUGCAAGUAAGCUUGAGAAAUAUUAUGAUUUGGGGGACUUAAAAGUCAGCACUGGUAUGGAUGAGAGUCUGCUAUAUGAGAUAAUUGCUGGUCUUCGAACUGUGGGUACUGAUGUUGCAAGUUCUUCAUCUGCUCCACCUGGCAUUUCAACCACAAAAUCUGUCAGUGAGCUUCUUACUGAUGUUGCCCCCGUUGCAAGUGUAAUUGAUUCGAUGAUCAAUGAAGCUAAUGCACUUGUUGGGGAUGAUCCAUCAGAAAUGCAGGAUAAGCAAAUUGGCCAGAAUGACGAAUGUUGCUCGUAUACAAGCUCAAACAGAGAGAGUUGGGGAAGAUGCUCAUCUUUGGGGAGCGAUGAUGAACAAUCAUCAGAUAACAACCACGAGACAACUGUAAAAGUGCUUGCCACACCUCUUCGAAAAGUUCCACUUAAACCGUCAGACCUGUCACAAGAGGAAAGUAUGAAGAAGACAAAGAAGAAGAAAAAGAUAGCUCUUACAGAUUCAAAGAAGCCAAAACGUGAUAAAUUUGAAAAACUAGAAGCCCUUAGCCAACGUCUUCGUCUUUGCAUUUUGAGGCAAGUUAACCAUAGGAGGCAUCGCUCUUCAUGACUAAUUCUGUACUGUAGGUAGAUAGCUUCUUGCAACAGUACUGUAUGUAGCUGUAACUGUUUCAUUACUUUUGUGCUAUUUUUCAAGUCUUCCAUCAUGUCCUUGUAUCAUUUAUCUCUGUUACACAGUAUGCAAGCAUGGGUUAUGAUCUGAUUUUGAUUUUAGGGCAUUGUUCAGCUGUCAUGUGUUUUCUAAAUUCACAGGUUAAUGAACUCUCUCUCUCUCUCUCUCUC